UCCUCCGUUUUAAAGGUGCAUCCAUAAUGAAUCCAAACUAUUUCAGGAAAAGCACUUUCUCAAAGAGGAAGGAUCUUUUUCCACAUCUGCUGCUCUGCAUUCCUUCUGCAAAGCCGCAGACCUCUCUUACAUCAAACAGAAAACACUCUCCCACUUUUUGUAGAGGGAUAAAAGCGACGGAGGAAGCACAGAGAGCGGGAGAGAUUACGGAUGCUGCGCACUGAGAGCCUCUCAGAGGAGCAAUUGUCUUACUAUUCAAGUCUAUAAGUGCAUUUGUUCGUCUUGUUUACCUUCCAGUUGAUCUGAUGUCUGAAGACAGCGUGUGCCAACUUCUUCUAAACCUCGCCACGAAGUGAUACUACUGUUUUUUUCAGCCGGAGGAUGACGUUUUACCAAGAAGGGGCUGCAAACUCGGCAGUGAAUCCCUCGCUGUGACUCAUUCAUUUUGUAUAAAUGCGACCGGUUGCGGAGACAGAAGAAGACUGGGGGCUUUAAUUAGCCGUUCCGAUCAUACCUCCCUUGCUUUUUCAGCGAGCAGAUCUGCAUUUUUUCCCUUUUUCCUUGGCUUCCUUGAGACUGUGGGAAUGGUGUGCUCACCCGAGGGAGACGGACGACGCAGGCGGCCGAGCAUCGCUGCGCUCCCGCGGAGUUGGUCCGAGCAAUGUCACCCACUUCUGCUGGUGAUAACAUCUGAAUAUUGAUUUAGGACGUAGUACUGUUUCCACGUCGCGUCGUGCACUUGCCGUUGCAUUUGAUCAGUUUUGUUAGCUGCUUCACAAUUGGAGAAAAUCAGGCCAAAUCAUUCGCUUCGAUUAUUACUCGUUUCUCUUCUGAUCUUUCGUGUGAUGUAAAUGUGAAGCAUUCGGUCACACGGAUCGUCGUGAGGAGCUUCACUAUCAACAAGCUGCACCAUUCAAAGCGAUGGGCGCAGCGAGCCUGAUCCAUCUCCUGCGUCUUGGCUCCCCAUUCCAGCUUGUUGAAUCUCCUCCCUGGUGACAGGCAUGGCUCGAUAUUAACACACUUCUUAACAGCUGUGGGGAUUUUUUUUUAAUUUCAUCAUCGGAUAGCUGACAUUCCUAAAAGUUAAACAUGAAGCUGCGCUGCUUAUGGAGGCUGUUCUGGCUCAUUCGGGCUCUGAUGGAUUCCGCGCUGGCUCAGGAGACUUACGCGCCACAUUCUAUUCGGACUGAGGGGCACUUGACCCUCGGUGGACUCUUCCCAGUCCACGCCCGAGGCACUGAUGGCACGCCGUGUGGGGACCUCAAAAAAGAGAACGGGAUCCAGAGGCUUGAAGCGAUGAUGUAUGCAUUGGAUCAGAUAAACCAGGACGACCAACUCCUACCUAACAUCACCCUGGGCGCCCGGGUGUUGGACACUUGUUCCAGGGAUACUUACGCUCUGGAGCAGUCGCUAACUUUCGUCCAAGCCUUGAUCACGAAGGACACAUCAGAUGUGCGGUGCACCAGCGGGGAACCGGUGUUUGUCAAGCCGGAAAAAGUGGUGGGGGUCAUCGGAGCCUCGGCGAGUUCAGUAUCGAUCAUGGUCGCCAACAUCCUGCGCCUCUUUCAGAUCCCACAGAUCAGCUACGCUUCGACAGCUCCGGAGUUAAGCGACGACAGGCGCUAUGACUUCUUCUCCAGAGUGGUUCCUCCUGACUCCUUCCAGGCCCAGGCCAUGGUGGAUAUUAUCCGAUCCCUGGGCUGGAGCUACGUCUCCACCAUCGCCUCUGAGGGAAGCUACGGCGAGAAGGGAGUAGAGGCUUUCACGCAGCUCUCAAAAGAAGCAGGUGGAAUCUGCAUCGCCCAGUCUUUGAAAAUCCCUCACAACCCAAAGCUGGAGGAUUACGACAAAGCCAUUCAACAGCUCCUGGAAACCCAGCACUCCAGGGCAGUCAUCAUCUUCGCCAGCGAGGAAGACAUCCGGGGGGUGCUCAAUGCCACAAAGAGGGCCAACCAGGUGGGCCAUUUCCUGUGGAUUGGAUCUGACAGCUGGGGGGCCAAGAACAGCCCCAUCCACCAACUGGAGGAUGUAGCAGUCGGAGCAGUCACCAUUUUGCCCAAACGCUCCUCCAUUAAAGGGUUUGAUGAAUACUUUACAGCCCUCACCCUGGAGAACAACCGCCGGAACGUGUGGUUCGCCGAGUUUUGGGAGGAAAACUUUGACUGUCGGCUGCUGAGUUCCUCCAAGAGAGAGGAAGGCAGUCGCAAAUGUACAGGCCAAGAGCGCAUUGGGAGCGACUCCAAGUACGAGCAGGAAGGGAAGGUGCAGUUUGUGAUCGACGCAGUGUACGCCAUGGCCCACGCGCUGCACAACAUGCAGAGGGACUUGUGCCCCGACCAACCUGGCAUUUGUCCUCGGAUGGAGUCGUCUGAGGGGAAGGUCCUCCUGAAGUACAUCCGCAACACCAGCUUCAACGGCAGCGCUGCCACCUCUAUUGUGUUCAACAAGAAUGGUGAUGCUCCAGGACGCUAUGACCUCUUCCAGUUCCAGAUGACCAACUCGUCCACCCCGGAGUACAGACCAGUGGGACAGUGGGUGGAGUCACUCCAGCUGCGGCUGGAGGAGCUUCAGUGGCCAGACGGGGAGCUGGAGGUUCCUAUCUCAGUGUGCAGCCUUCCCUGCAAGACCGGCGAGAGGAAGAAGAAGGUGAAGGGCAUGCCAUGCUGCUGGCACUGUGAACUCUGCGAUGGAUAUCAGUAUCAGAAUGACGAGACGUCCUGCAGGCUGUGCGCUUAUAACAUGAGGCCCAACCCCAACAGAACUGCCUGCCAGCCCAUCCCGAUUGUCAAGUUGGAGUGGCACUCUCCAUGGGCGGUCAUGCCAGUUUUCCUGGCCAUGCUCGGCAUCAUUGCCACCAUCUUUGUCAUGGCCACGUUUGUGCGAUACAAUGACACGCCUAUUGUCCGAGCGUCCGGCCGCGAGCUCAGCUACGUGCUGCUAACUGGCAUUUUCCUAUGCUACAUCAUCACAUUCCUCAUGAUCGCCAAACCGGACAUCGCGGUAUGUGCCUUCAGGAGGAUCUUCCUGGGUCUGGGCAUGUGCAUAAGCUAUGCCGCGCUGCUCACCAAAACCAAUCGCAUCUAUCGGAUCUUUGAGCAAGGCAAGCAGACAGUCACCGCCCCGCGCUUUAUCAGCCCGACCUCCCAGAUCGCGAUCACUUCCAGUCUGAUAUGUGUGCAGCUGCUGGGCGUGCUGGUCUGGUUCGCCGUGGACCCGCCCAAUACUAUCAUCGACUACGACGAGCAGAAGACCAUCAACCCCAUGUUGGCCCGGGGAGUUCUUAAGUGUGACAUCACUGACCUCCAGAUCAUCUGUUCACUGGGCUAUAGUAUCCUGUUGAUGGUUACCUGCACCAUCUACGCCAUCAAGACCAGGGAUGUACCCGAAGACUUCAAUGAAGCGAAGCCAAUUGGGUUUACCAUGUACACCACCUGCAUCGUGUGGCUGGCCUUCAUUCCAAUUUUCUUUGGCACUGCCCAGUCUGCAGAAAAGGUCAGUGUCGGAUGGAUCCCAGCUCCAUAGGAUGAGACCAGUCAGCAGCCUGUCAGAUUCAGCGUGUCCUGCCUGCUACUUUAUGCUGAUGCAAUUCAUGAUUUUUGGAGCUGGUCACUGAGGUCUACUGAAUAUUUGAGGCUGUCCUACAUAAAGCUAGUGGAUAAUGAUGAAAAUACAGAACCUCAAUAACAAAGACACAUCUCACUUUAAUGCAUUCUUAUUAUCUUCUGACCAAUUUAAAGCCAGCUAUGCAGCUAAUUAUGAAGGAUAAAAAAAAGCCUGUUGUUACAAGCUGAAAUACUUAAAGCAACACUGUCUUUUCCAUCUGUCAGAAUUUGUUUAGAUAAAGUGAGUUCAGAUUAAAGAUUUAGCAUUACAGUUUAGUGAACUCUGAUGUGUUUGGGAAGAGCGUUGCUGUGGGAGUGCGCAGCUUUGGUGAAACACUCAGCACUUAUUUUGGAGUGUUGGAGGAUCAGAGGUUGAGACUAGUGGGAGAGGAAGAGAGUGUCUGCAAAGGUUGGAUGAACUCGCAAAGUGAAAGCACUGCGAGAUUGGGAUCUAAUGCAGCGGGUUAUUAGCACUCGGACGAAGCGGCCGGAGCAGGAAAGAGGGGUAGUAUUUUUUCAGGUGCCAAAAAAAUAUCCUCUAUUCCCGUGGGUUUUUUUUUCCAUUUGCAUUGUCGAUCAUCGAGAAAUUAACACAACCAACUGCAAAGGAAGAAAUGUUUCAUAGGAAUAACAGGACGUUAUUAUCACAAUAUUACGACACGAUUAUGACGUUGUUAUUCUAGUAUUAUUAUUUUCACAACAUUGUGAGAGACAAGCGAGGACUGACAAAAUCCAUCAUCACCUCCUCCAAUCACAGAGGUUCUAUGUUAUGGGUCUGCUAGGAGAAUAACUCUUAGACAGACGCCCCAUUUAGUCUUGUCCCACAUGGGUCCCCUCAAAAGCUUGGUCUCAACUACAAAACUGCUGUCUUGUUACUCUUAUUCUUGCAUUAUUAUUAUGUGGUUACAGUAUUACUACUGUGUUACUACAUUCUAUUAUCAUUAAAGUGCUGUUACAUCGAUAUAAUACAGUACUACUGUAUUUGUAUUGUUAAAAUAUUGUUACAGUAUUGAGGAGUCAGCAUUCAAUGAUUUUAGUACUGUAAUCCAGCACUGUUAUUCUUUAUUGAAUUAAUGUAAAUAGAAAGAUGUCUAAACCUUAUAAACACUGUUCUUUUGCAGAAAUAUUGUCAUCUAAUGUCAAUGAAAAUACACCAGGAAGUCGGCAUAAGUGGCUUAGCAUGCUGAGAAAUAGAAAAACAGAGUUAAAAAGUACCAUUUAUUGAUCCAGUUAUUUCGCAGAUUUGACAUUAGUAUUAGAGCUAAAGUCCGACGGAUAUUUUGAUGAAAUUGAGCCCUUUAUAUUCCAGACAGCUAAUUAUAUAUUCGCACACAGCCCGAGUAGAUUAUAUGUGUUCCAUUCUCUUUAAGCCCAAACCGGAAGCCUCUUCAAUGUGGCGCCACGAUGAUGAAAAGCCCAUCCACACAAGAAAAGAAGUGUCUCCAAUCGAGUGGCUUUGUUAACCAAAGCCAGACAGAGUUACUCAUGACACGAGCUCAGCUAGAAAGUAGGCCACCCCUGAAAACCAAAGGGGGAAAAAAAACGCACCAGACAAACCCAGGUACAGUUUGGAAAAAAACAAGUGCGUUGGUGGAGGAAGGUGUUUUCUUGCUCGUGCCCGGAUUAUUGGGGAAAAUUUCAACUCUCGAUCACUGUGAAUCUUGCAGCCCUCCCUGACUAAAUUGCCUUCGCUGUAAGCACAUCCCUGGUGGGUAUCAUUUCAAGAAUUACCCUUUACAGCUUUUUUCCCCUCCAAAAGGGAAGACGUGUCGCCCGUUGUGCCCACAUGUCGUCGUUUUGUUCGUCAAUGGGAUGUGAAAAUUCUCAAGCAAAGCUCUGGAUUCCUGAUGAGCAUGUUAAUAAAUCAUUACUGUUGCUAUAAAUAGAGAGUUGCCAAGCAGUUGCGAAAACCAAUCCAUGUAUUUAUGUUGGAGGAAAGCAAAUCAUUUAUGGAUGUUCAGCGACAGGAAAACAUUUAUGUUUUUCUUCAGAGAGCCUCCAGAUUUGGGUCAGGCUCCUCACAUGGCAUAUGAUGCGAAAGGGCUUUCAGGAUGGUGUGAGGAUGUUUUGUUUCACGCCUACACUUGCUGCUUUUGUGUGCUUGCGUGUGUUGCGUAUGAGUAAGCACCUAAUGCACGCUGCUCCCCAAUAAGCUCGUGCAUGGUCAAUAAAUCAGCCCUGAUAGGGUCAACGUCGCCGCGUCUCAGCUCUCCGAAUCUUCAUUAAAAGCUCAUUCCAGCGUUCCAGUGUUAAGUUGCUCGCAUCAAACUCUGCUGUGUUUCCAUGGAUACCAGCCAGGUUUCCAACCGCUCCACAUGGAAACGCCAGGCGGAAAAUCUCCGGACAAUUAUAUCUGACACCGAGCUUGAAGCGCCUGCCCCUGGUAUCUUAUCUUAUACACCUCACCUUUAAGAAGUGCCUUCUCGCCUUAUGGCAGCACUGAGUGAAUCACCGGGAUAUUUCUGCGCUGCGAUCACGAGCCGGAUCACUUUGUCUGAUGCUUGACUGCAGACAACUCCAGGAAGGGAGAGUGAGUGAUCAUGAAAUGAAACACUGGUUUCAUCUGUGGUUCAUCUGGGGUGGGGAAGCUAAUCUUUUGAAGGAGUGAUGCUAUGAACUUUAAAGAGUGUCAAGUGGACUUUUAAAAAGUAUCAAAACUCUAUCAUAACUUAUGGUAUUGAUGCAAUAUUACUACAGUGUUAUUAUAGUGCUAUUAUUUAAUGGUGGCACAAUUUUAUUUGGUUUGUCCUGACUCAGUCUCCAAUUAUGUGGGCUCAAAAAUAACACUAUUCUAUUACGAUAUUAUUAGUUUAGUUUAGUUAUUAGUUACGAUAUUACUAUGGCGUUAUUGCAGUAUCAUUACAUUGUUAUGACAAUAUAACAGUAGUGGCAGUUUUGGUUUAAAUGGUGCUCAGUGGGUGCUGUUGGAUGUACAAUGGCAAAUAGACAAGUAUAAUGUGUUCUGUAUUCAGUUGUGACUUGAUCAUGACCCCUCAGAGUGUUGGUCCUGACUCGGACUACCCUAUUGUUGCAAUAUUUCCAUGGCAGUGUUGCACUGUUGUUACGGUAUUAUUACAUGUUAUAAUGUCAUUAUUACAUUGCUUAUUUAUACAAUAUUGCAUUGUUGUAAUAUAUAUAUAUAUAUAUAUAUACACAAGUAACAUCUGACUUACGACCAGGAUCGGUUCCGACCAACUAGUCGUAAGUCAGAUUGGGCAUAAGUCGAAUGCCAUUCAAAAUACCCGACGCGAGGGUUAUAGGUGCUACUGUAGUGGUAGAUGGCUGUGUGAGAGUGAGAUGCUGGGAUACUGUGGUGCUGUGACUGUACGUGAUGCCAGCUGGCUGCCAUAAUAAUUGAAAGAAAGAUGUUUCUUUAGUGUUAUUCAGUAUAUGUCCUGGUGAAAAUACGAUAAAAAUGAAUCACAUCUAUAUUUUAUUACACUAGUGUCGCUGUAGCCACAUGAUGACAGGCAUGGGGGCCGCAUGUGGCCCGCGGACCUUGCUUUCCCAUAAGCACGAAGUGACGUCUGCUUGGUGAGAGCUUAUGUAACUUGCUCAUAAAACUCAAAUCCUCUUAUGAUUCAUUCUCCUCCAUGAUCCUUAACUGAUCUAAUCACAACCUCUCAAAGAAGUUGACGGCACCCUUCACCUAUCAAGCCGUUUCCUUUUAAGCACUCCAGCUUGGCGCAGUCAUUAAAUUUAGAUUUCAUUAGGAGACUCCUGAAUGUGUGUCGGCCAGCGGAAUGUUCCGAUUCCAUUUAUGCCUUCACCAAGACGACAAAAGCGGGCCACCUUUUAUUAAAGGACUCCAGACGCCAGUGCAGCCUGAGAGCGUCAGCACAAAUGCAUCGCUAACGUCUUGAGGAGCUGGUCAAGUGUCAUGUCUGACUGUUGUUCUACUCAUGUAAAAUAGCUAAGUGCUAAUGUAGCCGCACUUAAAAUAAAAACUUGAAUUAAACACCACAGCAUAUUCUCUAUAUCCCCGGCAGGAAGACUGUCUUAAAUUCCGAUCAAAGCUCUGUGCAUCAUUCAAAACGAUGAAGCAUUUUCUUCCAAUAAUUAUGUCUUUUUCUCUGCCAAUUUUCAAUUGUUAAAGAACACAAGACGCAAGAAAAAAAUAUGAAUCAGCAGCAAACAAUGAAUUCAAUUUGCAUUGAGAAGCUAUUGGUCGAGGGGGCAGCGGCCUCAGCAAAGCGGUCCGCCCUCACAGCUCAGCUCCACCUGUCGCCCUCAUUCUUCAAGAUGCAUUGAACUUUCAAAGAUUUUAAUACACAAUUUAUCUUGAAGAAAUAGGAUGCAUAAGUAAUAAUUUCAGCUGUAAAGAAAACCUUAAAUAGCAUGCUGGGUAUAUCAAAAUGAAUAUAUAAUGUGAAAUAAUCUGCAUUUAUUUAUUUAAUUCAGUCAUGUUGUGGGGGUUAUUCUCCCUGUUUACUGUGGAACAUUGUUCCACAGAUGAAAGGGAAUAAUCUCUGUCCCCAGCGGAGGUUCAUAAAAAAAAACCCUCAGAAUAAGAGCUUUAAUUGAGAGCGAACCGGAGGUGAAAAUUCCGCCUGGUCAGAACCGGAGAAGCUGAGCCCGCCAUUUUCCACGCAAAAAGAGCAGCGCAACUUUCCCCCGAAGAGUCUGAUAAUUCGCUGGUAGUGGACACUUUUCAGCUCUGUGUCCUCCUUUUCUGGUGCGGCUUCUUGGUAAAUGUGAAAAUGCCUUUUGUUCUGUAUGACAAGUCCAAUUUUUUUUUGCUCAGCGUGUGUCACGGGGAUAAGAACAAUAUUGAUGGAAACGUGGGAGUCGUCUGUGUCACUUCACACGCUCCUUGUGUAACCAGCAGCCCUUCUUAGCCAACAAUUAAAGUGGAAGACAUUGACAGAGCAUAAUAACCCGAGCCCCGUGAAAACAACAUAAAUAAUCCACUUUCGUCCUCUUGGGCUUCCAAAUCCAAUAUCAGCGGAAAAGGGGCUUUGAUCGUCGGGUGAUUGGAUAAAUGUCAGUCCUUCCAGGGAGGCUGAUCAAUCAUAGUUGCAGUGAUAAAGAAAGGUCCCAUCAAUUGGAGUGGCUCGCCAUUAUUGCUGCCCUUUACCAAGAAUUUUACAGCAAAGUCACAGCAGAGGAAAUAUCAAACCUCCGAAGUGCUGGAAAAAAAGCUUUGUCACUCGGAAGUUUACAGCAAAAAUAAAGUGAAUUCUAUGAUGAAUGUGGAUUCAUAUUGGAGGAGAUUUAAAAGCAAGUAAAUGCAUAAUAUUACAAUUAGUAUUUAUAUGAAUGUGUCCUGCUGAUCUCAGUGGGGCUGGAUAAUGCAGGGAGAUGUCCACAUAAGGCCCCCAGGCCACAUUUUGAUUGUUCAAUAACAUUACCUGUGUCGACCAAGAGUCUUAUUUUGAAGUGGAAUUGACAUGAAAUUCAUUUGCUUUUGCUUAUCACUGAUCAUCUGAGCUCCUGUCACCUCCCUUGCAGCAGCUAUUUAGCUCGCGAAAGUCGACAAUUUUGACUUAGAAGUCAAGUUUCCCUGCCAGGAAUAAGGAUGUGUUUUGCAUUUAAACUAUAAAGGAAGCCAACUGUGACUCGGGGGACAAGAGAUUAUUGUUUGUUUGUCGCACAUUUCUCAAUCAAAAGCUUGUAUUUACAGGAAGAUGAUCCUGCCCAAGGGUACGAGCGCCUGACAUCACCUGAGACGGAGCCUAUUAACACAUAACAACGGCAAAUAAUCCGACCUCGAGCUACUUUAAUGAUCCCUUUCUGUGAAUGUGUGAUACAAUAACAUAAAUUACAGCCCAGUGCGGGUUACAUAAGCAGAAAUAGGAGGAAAUUGAAAGGUGUUAUGUAACUGAAGUAGAACAUGGGAGGGAUGUUGUUUUGUGGGGCUCUCUUCAAUGGGAGUGUUGUGAAUGAUCUAACAUUGAUGCUAACUCGGUAAGAGCCUCUUACAGGCUGCACUCGGCUGAGCUGCAGACAGACACAAAAUAAAGUCCUGGCUCACUCUGCACAUGCUGUGUUCUUAGUCAUGCUCAGUCACUUGUUAUAUUACACUGGAGACAGGAUUUCCCUUCAAUCUUGUCGGAUUUCAAGGGUUGCAACAUAAAAGAGUCAUACAUGUUUGUGGGGAAGAAAGGAAAACGGCAAUUGUGUCGCUCACCACUGCCGCCUGUCAAUCUAGUACGCAGUCGGAGUGAGGCGCUGGUGGAAAUGAAGGUUGUGAAGUUGCUUUUGUCGUUUUUCGCUUGAGCCGUUUUGACUAGAGUUUGUAGCUGGGAGUCAGAGUCUAAUAAGUGCUGCUGGAUUAUGUUAGAGUCUGCAUCAUUACUCCUUACCCAAUAGCCAGGGAACAAAACUCCCUUCCCAUUCUGUUGUCGGAUUAUCAGGGCCGAUAAGAUAACAAGCUGCGAUAACAUUUUUUUACAGCGAAGGCGCAGAGAACUACAGCACACCCUCGGUGACAAGUGCACUUUUGAAAAACUCCGGUGUCAUGUCAUAGCGUGCCCUUAAAAUACUCCUGCUGCAGUCAGUAUUAUACCCGUUCAAAU